AUGCACUCGGGGCGCGGCUUCGCGAAGCGGGAGGACCCCGACCCGGACGAGGACGCGGAGGAGGAGCAGGAGGAGGAGAGCCGGAGCGGGAGGCGGCGGAGGCCGAGGCGGAGAAGGGGCGCGCGGGGCGGCGGAGAGGGAAGGCGAGGAGGGCCCGGCAGGCCCAGGGACGACGCCUUCUGGAAGGUUCUGGACUUGGGCGACGACGACGACGACGCCGCGAAGGCCGCCCGCCCCCGCCUCGCCAGCGUGGUCAGCCCCAGCCUGAGCCCGACGCCGCCGCUCAGCAGCACGCCCAGCCUCAGCCUGUCGUGGAGCCCGCCGUCCAGCCCCGCCAGCGCCGGCUCGGCCUGGAGCUUCUCCACGCAGAGAAGUUUUCCUAAAAUAUUUCAGAGAUUUAGGAAAGAUGAGAGUGAAAUAUAUUCAGAUAGGACUAUUUAUCAUAGUUUGGGUCCCAGAAUUCCAAUUUCAGUACAAACAGAAGAAAGUUGGCUUCAAGAAUUAUAUAAAAAAAAACAAUGGCGAAAGGAAAUAUGCCCUGUAACACCGGAAACUGAACCUGAAAAUCUGACUUCUAAGUCAAGAGAAAAAUGGGUAAUUAAUCCAGACGAGCCCAAACUGAAUAUUUUAUGUGAGCUGGAGUUUAAGGAAGACUUCAUAACACUGUUUGAACCUUCUCUAAGAACAUUGCCCAGCAUUGGGCCACCAUCUAUUCUGGCAUACAAACAAGAGAGUUCCAAUUUAAACAUUACAUUAAAGGAAGAAGAGGAGGAGCUACCGCUCAAGUGUGAAUUUUGUGGAAGUGAUUUAAGAACAUUUUUUGCCAUGGUGGAUGUUUGCUCUGACUACAGUAGUUCUGAACCAAUAGAACAUGCUGCUUGUUGUAGUUAUUUCCAAAGUCUGAUUGACUACAUCUAUGAGGAAAAACAAAAUAUUCAAAGCUCUAAAUCUGAAUUAAUCUGUAUUGAUCCUCAUGCAGCCCAUGGUAGUGAAGCUGAUAGACUCAAAGAAAAAGAAAAAGCCCUUCGGAGAAAACAGGAGCGACAAAUGUCCAAGCACUAUGCAAUAAUAAGAAAUGAACAGACUAAUGUAUCUGAAGAAGUUGAUUCAAAGCACUUUAAAACAAUUUCUUAUCAACACUCUGUGGAUAUUCCAGGAAAAGAGACAAUUGAUGACAAUGUACUUGAUUUUCAACUAGAAAAUAAAAAUAUAUCCAUUAUUUGUUGUGAUUCCAGAAUAGCGUGUGGAAAGAUCAUGAGGAAUGAACUCUUCGAGAAGCACUAUAAAAAUGGGAGCAAGUUUCUAACAUCAUUUCCAGAUGGGACAACACAAAUAUUUUACCCAUCUGGAAAUCUAGCUAUCAUUCGAGUGCCCAACAAGAUAAGUGGUUUCACUUGUGUUAUCCAAGAAGACACACCCACAAGCCCUGCAAUUCUCGCAGUGCUUAAUUCUUCUGGCAGAAGUUCCUGCUAUCAUCCAAAUGGAAAUGUCUGGGUAUACAUCAAUAUCUUGGGAGGUCAAUAUUCAGACCAAGCUGGCAACAGGAUAAGGGCUUGGAAUUGGUCAAGUUCUGUUGCAUCCUUACCUUUUGUUUCAUUUAAGCCUGUCUUUCUGGCUUUAAACCAUUAUGUUGGAGUUCGAAUCCUAGAACAAGACAAGAUUUCAAUUACUUUUCUAGCAAUGGGCCAACAGGCAAGAAUCAGUGUUGGAACCAAAGUGAAGGUCUUGAAGCUAUGCUGAUGUGUUCAAUCUUUUUUGUUUUCUGUAAUUCAGUUUCUUUUGCUGUAUCUUCAAGUUCAUAUUUUUACCAGUGUUAAGCUCCUCCAGUGAAUUAUUCAUGUAACUAUUGUAUUGCUUCAUUGCUAGAAGCUCUAUUUUUUUCUUGUUUAAUACCACCAUUUGACAUCAUUGUGGUGGUGUUUUUUUUUUAAGUACUUGUGUGUGUUUGUAUAUGUGUGUGUGUGAAAUUAUGAAUAUGUAUAAAAACUUUUUAAACCUUGCUAAUUCCACUAUCUUAGUCAUUUCUGGGUGGUUUCUAUUUAUUGGUUUUCUCCUGGUUAUGAUUCACAUUUUCCUACUACUUUGGAUGUGUAGUAAUUUUUUAUUGAUUCAGCAUUACAAAAGCUACUUUGGGACUGUGGAGUUUUGUUCUUUUCUUCACUAUUCUGUGAGACAGUUUACUUUUGGAGGG